AUGGUCGAACGUAUCACAAAUACAAAGACGGCAGUAAGUGGACAGCCAACUGAGAUCCGGUAUGGGUCAUUGGCACAGUAUCUGAAGAGUAAAGAAUACCAUCUUCCGAACGACGAAAGGGAGAAUGAACGCCUCGACGUUCAACAUAACAUGUGGCUGCUUACUUUCGACAAUCGUCUGGGAACUGCCCCGCCGAACGAUCCUAAAUCUAAAGUUGGAAGAGUUCUUGAUGUUGGAACCGGAACAGGGAUCUGGGCCAUGGAGUUUGGAGAAGAACACCCGGAUGCAGAGGUUCUUGGAGUUGAUUUAUCGGCCAUCCAACCAGAAUUCACUCCUCCGAAUGUCAAGUUCCAGAUUGACGACAUCGAGGAACCGUGGACUUAUUCUCAACCCUUUGACUAUAUUCACAGUCGAACCAUGACCUUCAGUGUGGCUGAUUGGAAAGAAUAUAUCCAGAAAUGCUACGACAACCUCAGCCCCAAUGGCUACCUUGAAUUGAACGAAGUCGACCUGUGGCCAAAGUCCGAUGACGAAACAUUGAAGGAUGACUCUGCUGUCUUGAAGUUCGUUCGCCUUUGGGCAGAGGCUGCGGUCAUGUUUGGGCGCCCAUUCCAGGACAUCAGAGUCUUGAAGGAUAUCAUGAUUGAGAUAGGCUUCAAAGAUGUUUACGCUCAGAUGUUCAAGUGGCCCACGAAUUCAUGGCCUAAAGACCGAAAGCACAGGGAGCUCGGUUUCUGGAACCACGACAACUUCUGUGCCGGACUCGAGGGUUUCAUGAUGGCACCUCUUACGAGAGCUCAUAACUGGACCAAAGAAGAGGUCACUGUUUUCGGGGUGCAGGUGCGCAAUGAUAUGAGAAACAGAGACAUACACGCCUAUUCUGCCGUAUGGUCAAUCUACGGGCGAAAGCCAGGCCACAAUGAGGUCUAG